AUGUCUGUUCCUCUAACUAAAGUCGAUUCUGCCAUCGCUGGCUUGUCUCUCGAAGAAAAACACGAGAAGCCUCCAGCUCAAGAAGUCGAGUCCAAGACCGCUAAGAAGGAAAAGCCAUCUAAGCGUGGCUCGAUCUCCUCUGACAAGCGCUCCUCAAUCUCUUCGGACAAGAGAGGAUCUACUGCUGAAGGAGUCUAUAACAUCAAGGAACUGGUAGAGGAGAAGAAGAUCGAACUCACCCUGCCCAUCGAAACUCAAAAAACAGGAUGGUAUGUCCUUCAACUGACCCCGAGCGUUCUUCUGGGAUCUCCCCUCAUUUUCCCGGGACAUGUCUUGGUUCGUCAGAGACUGAUCACUUCAUCCAGGAGACUGAACACAUCACCAAACACAAUUGAGGACAAAGAUAUUCUCAAGCUUCAACUGAUUGACCCACCAGUCAAGAAGAUUGACCUGCACUUCCCAUUGGGCUUGGAGGUCACUGCCCGGAAUUCCAAAGGUGUCACCAUCAAGGACGCAUUAGAUGCCAUCUACAAGCAGUUCAAGAAGAAGGCAGAUGACGAGCUUGAAGCACCCUACCUCGCUGGUUUCGAGUGGGACAAAGACGAGUGCUGGACACGACUCAUUGUUCACCAGACAAAGCAUAACACUGCCCCACACUCCUCACAACCGACUGGCAAGAAGAACAAGAAGAAGAAUAAGGAAGAGAACGCAUAG